AUGCCUACUGACCUCUUGCUUUCAUGGAAACAGACUCGACCCGCAAACUGUGAAGUCGACGGUGUCGGAAUUGUGACCAUUCUGGACAAAUCCAGCGGCCCAGAACUGCUCCUCCAGAAGCAAUACAGGCCACCGAUCGAUAAAGUGGUCAUCGAAGUACCAGCCGGUCUCAUCGAUCCCAAUGAGACGGUUGAGGAGUGCGCUGUGCGUGAGCUCAAGGAAGAAACAGGAUAUGUUGGCGUAGCCGACGAGACAAGCACGGUCAUGUAUAAUGACCCAGGGUUCUGUAACACAAACUUGAACAUGGUCCAUGUUCGCGUGGACAUGUCUCUUCCUGAAAACCAAAACCCCAAGCCACAACUUGAGGAUAACGAGUUCAUAGAGUGCUUCACUCUCCCGCUAGCCUCAUUGUUUGAUGAGCUGAAAAGACUUGAGUCCGAGGGGUAUGCUAUUGAUGCUCGAAUCGGGACAAUAGCGGAAGGCAUCGAAUUGGCGAAAAAGUUGAAGCUCUGA